AUUUUUCAAGCAAACAAUAGCUGUUCCAACCCUAUCAGAAUGUCCAAAAGAAGGACCCUGGAUAGUUUCUUCCAGCCGCUGCGAAAGAAGCAGCAACUAUCUCCCGAAAAUGGGACGGCACAGCGCAAUGGCAUUCUCAAUAACCACCGUGUUUCAGGAUUAAGCCAAGACAGCAUUCGGCCAGAGGAAGCAAAAAUUCUCGAGGACGGAUCUGAGGGCGUCGGUUUACAAGAUGCCCGGGAAUUAUCAUCUCACACUACUUAUCCUUUCCCAAUACCGUAUCUCCCCUCCAACAUCCAGUCCAUGUUAGGGUUUGCGCCGGCCGCAGAACCAAGCGUGAUCAAAGAUCAGCCUGAUUUGGAUUUACUUUAUUUUCAGCCGUAUAUUCCAAAGGAGAUAGCGAGAGACUUGUUUGAGUUUCUCCGCCAGGAAUUGUUCUUUUAUAGAGUAAAGUAUAUGAUUAAAAGAGGAGGCGUGGAGACGUUGAUCAAUACCCCAAGAUUUACCACGGUUUUUGGCGUAGACGAAACCUCCCGCUUUACCGCAGACGGAUCGCUGGUCGAUUCGUCCACAGGAAGACCCGUGCCUAAAGAUCGAUAUAGAUGCAAACCACGACCAAUCCCACAAUGUCUUAACGAGCUUCGAAAGCUCACAGAAGGAAGUACAAAUACUACUUAUAAUUUCUGUCUUGUCAAUUAUUACGCCAGCGGAUCGGACAGUAUAUCCUAUCACAGCGACGAUGAGCGCUUCCUUGGUUCAAAUCCAAGUAUCGCUUCCUUUUCACUGGGCGCGAAGCGUGACUUUUUAAUGAAACAUAAACCUCCUACUGAGAGACCCGGAGCGCCAGGAAUGUCCACAGCAACAUCGACGUUGUCGUCAGAAACCGCAGGUCAACCUCUCAAAUUUCCACUCGCAUCAGGGGAUAUGAUUCUUAUGCGUGGCCCAACGCAAGCGACUUGGCUGCAUAGCAUUCCGAAGCGUAAAGGCAGAGAAAGUGACCGCGGAAGGAUCAACAUCACGUUUCGAAAGGCAAUGGUACGCGGCGGCACGGAGAAUUAUUACACGUAUAAUGUCGGGAUGAGUGCAAAUGCAGAUGAAAAUGGAGGCCGGACAGGGGAGAAAGGGGAGGUGUAUCGUUGGGAUGGAAGGAGGGAGGAGAUGGUGCAGUGGCUUCCUCCUGAGAUUAAAUCAGAGAAUUAGUGAUAGGUCACGGAAAGGAAGUAAAAGUAGGAGCUAUUCUGACGUUUGCACCGAGCACUAUAUGCUUGAGCAGCAAGAUCCCUGUAUCAUUGCAGCUAUGUACGUCCCAUGAAUUGAAAAGGAUGGAAUGAAUUAUACAGCCUUCGCAAGUGUAGGUCUAUACCUGGGAGAAACACAAUCACAAGAUGUCUAAUGUGACGUCAGAGAAGAUACAUAGCUGAAGCCUUUCAAUCGCUGUAAAGUUCAACC